GUUUUUCAGUGUAAAAUGAACUUGAUAUGUUUUAACAAAGAAGGCCUAGGAUUAACAAUUCAAUCCACUUAUGUUUUAUUAAUAUUUACUAAAGAAGGCAUCAAAUUUAAAUAUACCGACCGCCACAGCGCGUCGUUCGAUACCUACUCAACUCCUCAAAAGGCAACAAAAAUGGAACCUAAGGAACAGCGCUACAGCCUGGACAUUGAUGAGGAUCUCAAGAGAUUGCUGGAGGCUAGAAAGCAAAAACAGGAGCAAAAGGAAGCUGCAGCCACAAUCAAUAUGUGUGAAGAUACCAUGUACGAGUCCAUGGCCACACAUGCUGCGGGGCAUGGGGAUGAAAGCUUUGAUGUGUUUGAGCGCAUGUGUGAUAAGACGGCAUCCGAUCCAGAUAGCACCUUGUUUCAGUACAUGCACAGUGAGGAUAAGAAUUAUGUGCUAGCCCAGGCCAAGGAGAAUAGUGGCAGUCGAGAUCGCAGUGCUGGUGAAGACACUGCCCAGAAGGAGAUUGAGUUCUUGCGUCGCAUGUUGGAACAAAUUGGCGCCGAGGAGCACUUGGACAACGAAAGUCCGCUCAAGGGUGUGGAAUGCACACAGCUCGAGGACGUUGAGGCACCUUCUCGUUUUUGGGACAACGAUCAGACACUGGCAGGCGGUGAGGACUCCAAAAAGAACAUCUCGCCCGUCAAGAUGGUGGGUCUGUUGCGACCCUCAACCAUCAUCGAGGCCAGUGAGCUGGAAUCGGAUGUGUCGUCUGAACAAACGAGCUUCCAGAGUGCCCAAACACUGAAGACAAAUGCAUCGAGCAGCUACGAAACGGCCACAGAGUCUGGUAGUGCCAUUGGUGGAACUCUUUUGAAUGUCGAUGAUCUUUUCUAUGCUGCCAUUGAGAAAGCCAAGCCGCUGAACAUGUCCAAGGAAGAGAAGCUGGAGCUGCUGGGCGAUUUGCAUUGCAGCCUCAUCGAGCUAGCGUCUCCCACCAAAAAUGAUGAAGAGUCGGAUGAUGUUGAGAAUACAAUAAUUGAAUUAUCAUCAACCGAUGACGAGGAGGAGGAGGAGGAGAAGGCUUCUACUUUUGAAAUCAAGGAAGAGGCUGCUGAAAACAAGGAGAAUUCCAUGCAUUUCAAUGAUACCAUCGAGGAAAUGCAAUACAUGAUGCAAAAGGGAAUGGAGUACAUGGCUGCCGCAGCACCAGUUGUAGCGCCAGCCAAGCCCAAGAGUCCAUUGCUGCAGAAACAAAGCACAUUUGUCAUGUCGCCUUCCAAGCGGUUGCCCAAGUCAGCUGCCGCCGAAUUUCUGCAGCCCGCCUUGCCACUGCGCGCCAGCAACAAGCCGCCACAAAGUGUAAAGCAGUCGCCAAGUAAAAGCAAAAUUCCAUCUCGCUAUGACAUUAAUAUGGAUCUGCCCAAGACCACAUUCUUUGGCACACCCACGGGCAUACCCCAGCGUCGUCAGCGGCAACUCAAACAUCCCUAUGACGACAUUAUAAGUCCCAUUCGCACGUACACGCAGAUGUCCGGCACGGCACCGCUGAUGAGUACCUUCCGGCAGACCAGCACAGAUGUCUACAGCACUUUGGCCAUCAGUGAACUGGAGCAGGAAUCCCGUCUGUGCCACAGAAUGCCGCCAGCCACAGCUACCAACGCGUCGGGAAGCAGCAAAAAACUGGACAUUGACUCGAAAGCUCGCCUGCUGCCCAAAAAGGCGUACAUAUCAUCAGAGCUGCAGCACGUGAUUGAUGAACGCACGCCCAUACCGAUGCCCAAUGUGCAGAAGAUUCAAAAGUACUUAAACACUGCCGUGGAGCCUAAAGUAUUCCGUCACGAUGGUAAAAUGAAGAUGCCUAGUGAUGCUGGCGCUGUGUCGCAUAUUCCACGGCGUGCCAAUCAAAGUUUGGCCGAUCUGUCGCUCGCCUCCGGCGACAUUUCCAUGUAUACCCUUCGCGAUGCUCAGAAGUUUACGAGCAAAUAAGCGCAAGUUCUGAAUGUUCUGAAUAAUAAAUGUAUUGUGUAACUAGUUGCUAGUAAA